AUGCAUGAUAGGAGUAAUAUAUUUUCAACUGUAAAAUCCACAAUUCAAAAAUUUAUAUAUUUCAUUGGACCAGGUUUAAUUUUAUCAUGUUCAUAUACUGAUCCAGGUAAUUAUUCAGAAUCAGUUGCAGCUGGAUCAGUAUACAAAUAUAAAUUAUGUUUCGUUAUAUUUAUGGCUAAUAUAUUUGCUGUCAUACUACAAGUUUUGUGUAUUAAAUUGGGAACAAUUUCAGGAUUAGAUUUAGCUGAAUGUUGUAGAUUAUACCUCCCUGCCAAAUUGAAUCUAUUUUUAUAUUUGAGUGCUGAGAUUGCAAUUAUAGCGACUGAUUUAGCUGAAGUGGUAGGUACUGCUAUUUCAUUAGAGAUUUUAUUUGGUAUUCCAUUAUUAUUUGGGGUUUUAAUUACUGUUCUUGAUGUAUUAGUUAUUCUUAUGGUUUAUAAAAAAGAUGGACGUUUAAAAGAGACAAGAACAUUUGAAAUAAUUGUCAGUUUUUUGGUUGGUGCUACUUGUAUUUGUUUUAUCUUGGAGUUAUUCCAGGUCAAUUUUGAACCUGGUAGUGGUUGGGAAAUAUUUAAAGGAUUUUUACCUACUAACAAGGAGAUUUUUAUUGAAAAAGAAGCGUUGUUUUUAGGUUGUGGUACUAUUGGCGCUACAGUUAUGCCACAUUCAUUAUUCUUGGGAUCUAGUAUAGUUAUGCCCAGACUAAAGGAUUAUGAUGAAAAGAAUGGUACAAAAAAUGUGAACAAUCAAGUUACUACUCAACAGGAACAACUUCCACAAAGAAGAUUAUCAUUAAGUAAGUUAUCUGAUCCUUCAGAACUCAUUAAUAAAUAUAAACCAUCAUAUUCAGCCAUUAAAUACUGUUUAAAUUAUUCAUAUAUUGAAUUAAUUGUAUCAUUAUCUGGUGUUGCUAUAUUUGUCAAUUGUGCAAUUUUAAUAGUUUCUGCAGCUACAUUAUAUGGAAAACCAGAUGCUCAAGAUGCUGAUCUUUUAUCUAUUUAUGACAUGCUCGUCUAUUAUAUUAGCCCAGUUGCGGGUUUAGUAUUUGCUUUAUCUAUGUUAUUUUCAGGUCAGAGUGCAGGUAUAGUAUGUACUAUGGCUGGUCAAAUUGUUUCUGAAGGGUUUAUAAAUUGGACAGUAGAACCAUGGAAAAGAAGAGUAAUUACUAGAGUAAUUGCAAUUGUACCUGUUUUGAUAGUUAUUGGAGUAUUAGGUAGAGAAGGAGUUUCAAAAGUUAUGAAUUCAUCACAAGUUGUAUUAUCAUUUAUACUACCUAUUGCUAGUGCUCCAUUAAUUUAUUUCACAUGUAAGAAAGAAUACAUGACUGUUGACAACAAUGAAAUAGAUCAAGAAGCAAAUGAAGAAACACCAUUAGUUUCCGAAAAGGUUAAUUUUGCAAAUGGGUCGUUUUUGAAAGUUGCUAGUAUUUUAACUUGGUUAAUCAUCUCAGCAUUGAAUUUGUAUUUAGUCAUAGCAUUUAUAUAUGGAGCAGAUAUAUAA